UCCUCCUUGGUGAACAAGGUGCGCCUCCAUCCCGCAGCCAUGUCCUGCUAUGAUCUGUGCCGUCCCUGUGGCCCAACCCCACUUGCCAACAGCUGCAAUGAACCCUGUGUCCGGCAGUGCCAGGACUCCCGUGUGGUGAUCCAGCCCUCUCCCGUGGUGGUGACCCUGCCCGGCCCCAUCCUCAGCUCCUUCCCCCAGAACACCGCUGUGGGAUCUUCAGCAUCUGCUGCCGUUGGCAGCAUCCUGAGUGAGGAGGGAGUGCCCAUCUCCUCCGGGGGCUUUGGCCUCUCUGGCUUUGGUGGCCGCUACAGUGGCAGAAGGUGCCUGCCCUGCUAAAGCCCACGAGGACGACCAGUGAGCGCAUCGACCAGGAAGCCUGAAGCCAGGUUCCAGACUGAGGACGGAGCUGCUGGCCAGGGUUUCCAGAUGGGCUGAGCACCCUCAUGCGCCCCUGCAGAGCAGAGAGGGAAGCCAGGGUGCCAGCCUGUGCUGUCUGGAAACAUGGCAAAUACCUUAAUCUUUAAAUAUCUGCUUCUGAUUACUUCUGUUGCAUUUUAACUUUGCUUUGUGUAAUCCUCUCUUUAUGAAUAAGUUGAGGGUACUUAAGGCCUGAGUAAGGAAAAGCAGUGUCUUGUCUGUGUUUCAGUUUUAAUGGCUUAAAUGGCUUCCUUCCUUUACAUAAAUAUGUACUUUGCUUUUGCAUUGUGGAACGUUUGCCUUUCUCAUUAAACUGAUUCUGCAUCUUAA